AACCACACUUCUACCAUAAUGUUGCUUAUCGCGCGAAAGUAUAGGUCUCGAAAGACCAUGCUCUAUCUUUUCGCUGCAGAGUUCNCCUUUACUGUGGCCGCUCUUGCUCUUUUCGCCAUUGCACAACCAAACACCUACCGAACUCGGCUCUGGGCAGAUGGAUAUAAGAAUGGCUUCAACAGUUCGCCGACUGAGAUUCUUUACUCAUACGCAAAUCAUAGACCGAUCAGCCCUCCUAUCGUCUGGAGUCAANUUCCUGUGCUGUUCUUUAUGCGUGCUCUCAUCCCAAUCUUCUCUGCCCUGGUCCACAUCUUACUGGUCGUCCUGUAUGCGUAUAGUGCUUAUGGCCAAGCGGCACCCGACAUGACCGACAAGGACCAUCCGCAANAAGGCGCGCCAUGGUACAUUACCAAGAGUUGCAAUGUCGCAUCGGACAAGAAGAACAUUGGAUAUUGUAAGCAAGCCAAAGCCAGCUUUGCUGUAACGCUGUGCCUCNUUGUGCAAGGACUGAUCGUAGCCGCUAGAAUACUGUUUGCCGUGACGCUAGUUGUCUCACUCCACUCCUGCGUGCCUACCAAAGCAGAGAAGCUUGCUCGAGCAGCCGACAUUGAAGAGACAGAAAUACCAGAAUACUCACUGGAGACAGCCCGACUGGAUGAGCAAGAAUGGGAGAAGAUGCGAUCACAGGCAGAGUGGCAUUACUCAAUGGCGCCGGGAACAUCGAGUGCGCUGAACCCUAUGACACCGAGGACAGUGGCUUUCCAGACACUUGAAGGAAGCAGCCCGGCAACUCUCUCGAAUACCUUACCAUUCAGGGAGCGGUACGGAGGACCGGAUGGACGGUAA